ACUUGCUGUACAUAUAUCGCAAAAUAAUAACUAGAAAUUUCAUCGCUUCUAAAAAGACUUUAAAUUCCUAGAGUUUAAGUUUUGGAGUAAACUGAAAUGAAGACAAAGAUGUGAGGAUGAAGUUUUGAAAUUUUCGUAUUCAAGUUGAGAUCACAAGGACACAAGACUCUUUAUUGACUUAGAUCGUUGAGUGUUCAAUGGUUGCCAAGGAAAGCCGUACGCGCAUAGUUUGGACUUGAAAAUCAAUUCAAAAUCCGUCAUGAAGGAUAUUUUAGUUUCAUCAUGACUAUUGACUUGAACAAAGUCACUUGAGAGAUACCAAGUGUCCAUGAUGAUGAUGUCGAGACAGAGUCACGAACACAGUCCAAAAUAUGUUCAUUUUGCCAAUGGGUUUCCGCCAAAGGAGCUGAUUCCAGCACAGGGGCUUUCAUCCGGUGUUAACAUGCAUGGAGGAGUCUUUGUUGGAUUGCAUGAAGAAGCUACCUCCAAGUUGACAAGAUCACAAAGAACAAUUCCACCUCUUGCCAAAUGCAGAGCAAAUUAUUUUCCUGUGAAACACAGGGUAUCAAGUAGUAGAUAUAGAGAUGUAGCCAAUCCCUUUGAUGCACACAAAGGGACAGAGAAAAUAGGUUUUACUCCACAAGCAAUUAAGCGAAGUAAGCCAAAACUGGAAAGGACAAGUGCAAGAAAUGCGCACACUGCAACUCACAUCCCAAGUAACCCAGCUAAUAAUUCAAAUAUGACGUCAAAGCUGUCAAG